GAACCUUGGCGCGCAGGCGGGCGGGGCGCGGCGGGGCCGUGUGGGUGCCGGACCGCCGUGCCACGUCUGAAGAACGCGGCCGCAGGCCAGGCCGGGCCGCUCGCUGCCGGGGAGCUCUGCGGGGUCCAUCGCCGCCAUGGUCUCGGUAAUUAACACGGUGGACACCUCUCACGAGGACAUGAUACACGAUGCUCAGAUGGAUUACUAUGGCACUCGGUUGGCAACCUGUUCUUCAGACAGAUCUGUGAAAAUCUUUGAUGUUCGGAAUGGAGGGCAAAUCCUCAUUGCAGACCUGAGAGGGCACGAAGGUCCCGUGUGGCAGGUUGCCUGGGCUCAUCCAAUGUAUGGAAAUAUCUUGGCUUCCUGUUCCUAUGACAGGAAGGUUAUUGUCUGGAAGGAAGAAAAUGGUACCUGGGAGAAGACCUAUGAGUACACAGGGCAUGAUUCCUCAGUGAAUUCUGUCUGCUGGGCACCCCAUGACUAUGGAUUGAUCCUGGCCUGCGGGAGCUCUGAUGGGGCCAUUUCAUUAUUGAGCUACACAGGUGAUGGGCAGUGGGAAGUCAAAAAGAUCAGCAAUGCACAUACGAUUGGAUGUAAUGCAGUUAGCUGGGCUCCUGCUGUUGUACCAGGAAGCCUUAUAGAACAACCAUCUGGUCAAAAACCAAACUAUAUAAAAAGAUUUGCAUCUGGUGGCUGCGACAACCUUGUCAAGAUCUGGAAGGAAGAAGAUGGUCAGUGGAAAGAAGAGCAGAAGCUGGAAGCUCAUAGUGACUGGGUUCGAGAUGUAGCCUGGGCUCCAUCAAUAGGCUUGCCAACAAGUACCAUUGCUAGCUGCUCGCAGGAUGGCAGAGUGUUCAUCUGGACAUGUGAUGAUGCCUCUGGAAAUUCAUGGUCACCAAAGCUGCUGCACAAGUUCAAUGAUGUUGUCUGGCAUGUGAGUUGGUCCAUUACUGCAAAUAUUCUUGCAGUGUCUGGAGGAGACAAUAAAGUCACGCUAUGGAAGGAAUCAGUAGAUGGAUUGUGGGCAUGUAUCAGCGAUGUCAACAAGGGCCAAGGAGGGGUGUCUGCCAUCACAGAGGGGCAGCAGAAUGAGCAGUGAUGCAUGAGUGAAUGUUCCAGCUGCAACAAGUGAUCACUAUACCAGAUUUGCAAUGUUUCUUGAACCGGAUGAGAACUGAUUUUAUCUAAACUGGACAUGAACGUGGGAAACAAUUACCCAAUUUUAUGAGCACUCUAGAACUAUUACUGGGAGGCUACAAUAUGUUGAUAAUCAGCCUUAAUUGACAUUCCCUUAAAUUUAAGGUAAAGAGCAUAGCAAAGUACUGUGCCUUAUACUACUCCUUGAUGCUGUAGAAAUUGUACCCUGCUUUUCUGGUUUAGGGAUCAAAUUUAAUUGGAUAUGCUGUAGUCAGACUUCAAGCACUUAAGUAGGAACAAGUGGAACACUCAGAGGGGCAAGGUUGUAAAGUCCUUUGUGCAAGAGGACAAAUGCUCUGUCCCUUCAAAGGCCAAAACUUUGUUUCAAGUGAGGGGAAAGGGCUGGUGGAGUUUUAAGCAUUAGGUGAUAGUAUGUUAGCUAGCCCUCCUGGUAGUGGGGAAUUAGUGCUUAGGUCUUCCUGAAAAUAACAUGCUUGGAUGGGUGAAAGUCUCUGUGCUUUCCUGAAAGUGAAAAGGAGUAGUGGAAUGCAUAUGUCUUUUGCUUUGCAAUAAUUUCAAACUUGGGUUAUUUAACCAACAUCAAUAAAUCAAACCAUAAUUUGAAGAUAUUUUUUUUCUAGCCACACUUCUGUACUGUACCUCAGGUUUAUUUUUUGUUGAGAUACCAACAGAAUAAAGUCCUAUUGGUUAAA